CCGGGGCGGCUGCCCAGCGAGACCUUGCAGCUCCGAAGUCGCGCCUGGCCGCGGGCCGAGACUGUCCGGCCUCCCUGUGCCGUCCGCUGCACUCCGGCUCCCUCUGCGGCCGCAGACCUGCGCCGGCAUGACGGGCUCGCUGUUCAAGGGCAACUUCUGGAGCACUGAUAUCCUCAGCACUAUUGGCUAUGAUACCAUCAUCCAGCAUUUGAACAAUGGUCGCAAGAACUGCAAAGAGUUGGAGGACUUUUUAAAAGAAAGGGCAUCCAUUGAAGAAAAAUAUGGCAAGGAUCUGCUCAGCUUGUCUAGGAAGAAGCCAUGUGGACAGUCGGAGAUCAACACCCUGAAGAGGGCCCUUGAUGUCUUCAAGCAGCAGGUGGACAGUGUCGCACAAUGUCACAUUCAGCUUGCACAGACUCUAAGAGAAGAGGCCAGGAAAAUGGAAGAAUUCAGGGAAAAGCAGAAGCUACAACGGAAAAAGACAGAAAUUAUAAUGGAAGCUGUCCAUAAACAGAGGAACUUACAAUUCAAGAAAACCAUGGAUGCAAAGAAGAUUUAUGAGCAGAAAUGCCGGGACAAAGAUGAGGCAGAACAAGCUGUCCACCGAAGUGCCAACGCAGUAACCACAAAGCAACAAGAAAAGCUUUUUGUGAAACUGGCAACUUCAAAGACCGCAGUAGAGGACUCAGACAAAGUGUAUUUGCAGCACGUCAAUGCACUGGACAAGAUCCGAGAAGAGUGGCAGAGCGAGCACGUGAAGGCCUGUGAGGUGUUUGAAAUUCAAGAAUGUGAACGAAUAAACUUCUUACGGAAUGCACUGUGGUUACAUUUGAAUCAGCUGUCACAACAGUGCGUUGUGAGUGAUGAGAUGUAUGAACAAGUCCGUAAGAGUUUAGAAGUGUGCAGCAUUGAGAAGGACAUUGAGUACUUUGUGAAUCAACGCAAAACUGGCCAGAUUCCACCAGCACCCAUUCUGUAUGAGAAUUUCUACUGCCCCAACCGGAAUGCAGCUGCACCAGGAAAGGCUACAGGAACUAAUUUGGCAAGAAGAGGACCUCUCCCGGUUCCUAAAAAUUUACCAGAUGACCCUGAUUAUUCUUUGGUUUCUGACUACAGUUUGCUGUAUCAGUAAUACCAGAAAAAAAAGGUUUUCCCAGCUAGUUUCUAUGGCAUGAAACGAGUACCAAGAGCAGCAGAAUCUGUAGCCAAAUUCUGUCAAUCAAGAAGAAUUUGAAGUGAACCCAUGCUGUAAUUUUUUGAUAUUCUAAAUUUAGAGUAGACACUUAGUUCAACUUAAGCUAGUAGAGUUCUGCAGUUAUUUUGAUGAUGUUUACAAAUUAGUCCAGAUCAAAGAAUUAUUUUUUCCCGGUCAGUUACUAAGGUUGUGAAGGAACUGUGUUUCCUACUUGGGAAAUAGGGCCAUCUCUGGAUGGCCUUCUUUGCGGGAAAGGGAAAAGUGGCAGGAAAGUUGUUGAGUCAUCGCCUGUAGAAUAAUUUCCUUUGGCUUUGAACAGCAUGGUGAUGGAAUUUCCACAGUGACACACACACUCUUCAUAGUGCAAGACUGUAAAUUAUCUUCCUCUUUGGCUGGAAGGCCUAGAAGCCAUUCGAUUGCACUUUCUCAUUUUACAGAUGAAGAAAUGAGGCCCAGAAGUGUGAAAUCAAUGUCCUUACGGCUGUGCAAUGGAACUGAAUCUAGAGUGUAAACUCAUUUUAUAUUACCUUUCUUCUAAUUCAUGAGGCUGUGAUGCUCAUGCUAAAUUUUAAAAUGUCUAAUUUUGCCAGCAUUUUUCAAUUGAGAAAAUUACCAGAGUUUAAAUGUUAGGUUUAUUUUUAUAUGAAUCAUUGUGUACUGAACUACAGAGCAGCAUAUUUAAUCUAAGAAGCCAUAUAUUGUAAAAUACACCAUUGUGCUAUGUACCACUAAGAAGGUGGGGUAGAGAAGUUGUCACUUAGCUUGUGACAGGUCAUUCAUGGCCAAGCCUACUUGAAUUUGAGAUGUAAAGUGGUAAAAGGAUGCUAGAAUCAAUGAAAUACAGUAUUUUCAGUAUACCUCAAGAGAACAUCAGAGUUCCAAAGGCAGUCUUCAAUCCUGGAUCUCCACUGAGAAUCUUUUGUUUGCUGGACCCUGGAAUCUUUAAAGAGUCAGUCUUAAACCUUCUGAAAUAUCUGGGUCUUACUUCAUUACCCACAAACAGCAGGGAGUUCAUUGACUUUUGUACAACAUUUGUACACUGAGAAAAUUUCACAUUUUAAUGAAUGAUAAGUUAAAAUAUUGCUAUUACUUAUUUGGUAUGUUGUACUCUAUGUAACUACAAAAAGCAAAUAUUUCUCUUUAAUGCUUGGUGCAGUAGCUUUCCAAGGACUAUGGAUAAAUUAACUAAAAGAUUGAUUCUUUUUUCCUCUUGUAAUAUAAAGUGUUACUAAAUGCAGCAGCUUCUCAUGAUGACAUGAAACUUGCAUCAGUUGGAUAUCCUUUUGAGAAAUUCAAGUUUGUGAAGAGCCAUUGACUUCCCCAAACUAAACAGGCUCAGGAAAUGUCCUUAAUACACUCAGAAUGGUCUUGUUUUAAGUAUAUUAUUUAUUGUUGGCAAUUCCUCAGGGAUUUCCCUUUUCUAUUGGUGAGUGUAAUUUGAUGUGUUUCAUAAAUGAGAAGUAGUAUUUUUAUUGCUUUGUCACUUUGAUAUGAAGUUAAAUAAAGUUUUCUCUUCAAAGCUU